UCGCCAAAGGGUUUCUCUGUGUAGUCCUGGCUGCCCCGGAACUCACUCUAGACCAAGCUGUUCUCACAGAGAUCUGCCUGCCUCUGCCUCCUGAGUGCCAGCACUGCCUGGCUUGUUUUGUAUUUUUGAGACAGGCUCUCAUGUAGCCCAAGCUGGUAUGGAGGGUGUAGCCAAGGACUACCUUUGUAAGUGUUACAGCUCAGAUGAAAGGUAUCCUGGCAGUUGGGACCCAAGGAAUACCUCACACAAGAGAUUUAUUAGGAGUAAAAAACCCAGGAAGGUGGCUGCUUUCUGCUGGGGGGGAGGGGGGAGAGGGCGAAGCAGCAGAGAAUUGGGCAGAACACAGAGUUUAUAUAGGGUUUCUUGCUGGGGGACAACUACAACCACACCCACAUACCCACACCCACUUUCCAGGGUGGCCUGGAAAUGGAGGGAUUAUGUGGCCUAAUCUUGGGGCAGGCUCAGGGACGAUGGGAUUUUUUUUUUCUUGUAGGGCAGGGCCUGGCCACUCUCCUUCCUUGAGGGGCUAGGAACCUUGAUUAGGGAAGGGGAGGCAGGGCCUGGCUGCUUCUGUGCCUUAAGGGGUCCCAGCCACCAGAGUAGUCUAGGAACCUGGUGGCUGGAGGUCUCCAGGGGCAGUGCUUAUGUUUGGCAGGGAAACCACUCCUGCCACCCUAGUUGGCUUGAACAAUCUUGAGUUCCAGGUUUUCCUGCUUUCCUCUCCCAAGAUUGGCAUGUGCCACCACACUGGGCCUGACUUCAAGCUUUUGAAUGUUCUCAAGGAAUUAAAACCUCAGAAAUAUAACGUGUGUGUGUGUGUGUGUGUGUGUGUGUGUGUGUGUGUGUGUGUGUGUGUGUGUGUGUGUAGAUUGUUCAGUGGUUAAAAGAUCUAGCUGCUCUUCCAAAACACUUGUGUUCAAUUCCUGGCACCUACAUGGAGACUCAAGAACACCUGUAACUCCAGUUCCAGAGGAUCCAAUCCCUCUUCUGGCCUCCAUGGGCACCAGGCAUGGAAGUGGUGCACCAAUACACGUGAUAUACAUGCAGUCAAAAACUUUAAGUGCUUAAAAAAAAUAAAAUAUACCAAAGUUUCAAAAAAACGAGAUUGCUCAGAAAGCAUUAAAACUUAAAACAACAACAAAAACUCAAAGCAACAACAAAACCCCACAAAAAAUCACCUAAGGUUGACCGUAUUGGGUUUUAGUGAACCACUAGAGAGUUCUGGGCACAGGCUCCAGUAUAAAAGACCAGUGCUUCAGACCAACAGACUCAGGUCCUCAGCAGACUGGAAGUUUUAAUUUUUUUUCCAAAUUGCUGGGCUUUUCUGUGGAUUUUUGUUUUGUUUUGUUUUUUUGAGACAGGGUUUCUCUGUGUAGUUUUGGUGCCUGUCCUGGAUCUCGCUCUAUAGACCAGGCUGGCCUCGAACUCACUGAGAUCUGCCUGGCUCUGCCUCCUGAGUACUGGGAUUAAAGGCGUGUACCACCACCGCUGCCCGGCCCUGUGGAUGUUUAAAAGCCUUUUGUCCACCUUCGGUUAUUAAAAUUAUGGUUGAGUGGCCAGGUCUGGUGACACAUGCUUGUAAUUCCAGUACCCAGGGACAGAGGGAAGAUAUGGACUUGGAGGCCAGACUAGGCAACAAAGUGAAACCCUACUUCAAAACACAAAAUGCUCACACGUCUUGGUGAUAGACUAGCAUGUGAAGUCCUGGAUUUGCUCAUCAGCGUUGGAAAACAACAAACUAACUUCAAACAUACAUACACACAGGCAAAACUCAUUCACAUGAAUAAAUCUAAAAUUACAUAUAAAUAAAAUUUUGAAAUGCAUCAUACCAUUACUUCUAUGUUAUAAAACAUAUUGGGAUAGCAAUAUAUGGGGAAAAACUGAGUCAUAGUGGUAUUGGAGACUUGCUUUCCUGCUGUAGGAAUACUUUUUAAACCAGAAAGCAGAGGGGCCCUGGUACUAGACCUGAGUUGGGGUGCUAGACUUACCACCCAAUGCCUCACUUCAGGCACAGGUUUCCAGCCUGGGGUAUGUCUUUCAGUACUCAAAAGCAAAGAGGGCAGCAUGGCGGCGAGGUGGGGGGGACCAACUUGCCAAAAGAUCAGUGAGUGUUAGCUGCUACUGCCCCAGUAAAGCGGGCGGCACUGAAAAGAACAAAACAAGAAAUCCUUCUUAUCAGCAGGUAUAGAAGCCACGUCCGUAAUCCUCUUAAUGUUGAUUUAGGAGACUGAGGAAGGAGGGCUGCCAAGAGUUCGAGGCUACACCAGGCUAUACAGCACGCAAACCGAAAACGAGUCUUUGCAUGAAGUUCUGGGUAUGCAUUCCACUAGCACGCGGGAUCUCAAGAAGGAAGGGACAAGUGCCAGAUCUGCAGAUAUUGUGUCCCUUCUUGAAGGCAAAAGGUUGUUCCCAACGCAACUGGGCCGCCCAACGUCGACAGUUCGAAACCCUCGAAGCACGCGGGCCGCAGCUUCCCAGAAGUGAUGUCACCACGCGCAGGCGCCGCUGGACAGACGCCGGAAACUACAUCCCAGCUGGCAACCGCGCGCACAGCACCAAGGGAACGUUCAUUGACCCCGCCCUCAGAGAGACCUACCUCCCUUGAGAGGCUUUGUUGAGGCGUUGCGUCACUUCCGCCAAGCUGCCAGGACACACCCCCCCGCCCCGCCCCCGACGCGGCCGUAACCUAGGGCAACGGCCCGGCUCAUGCCCGCCGGCCGGGGACGAGCCGCUCCGGGCCUUCCUUCCCUCGCGGCCCCGUCGGAGCGUCUGAGUGGACGUGGUUACGUCCUCUCCCAAGAAAAAGUGUCCAGGACACUUCGCGGGUGGCAGAACCGAGGAAGGAAGCAACCCUCAAGGCGGGAAGAAGAUGUUUAAAACUAUAAGGAAUCACCCCAGUAAUGGAUCUCUGUCCGGAAAGUGAGACUGUUGGAGAAAAUAAUGAACGUAAGAAAAUUGAAGACGCAGAAGAAACCGCACUGACCUUAGGUUGUCCAGAUGAGAGAAGUGAGAGGAAUCAUGUUUGCUGUCUUCUCGGGGUCAGCGACCUCACGUUGGAAGAGGAUGAACGGGCCAGCGAAUUUGCCAUCAACACCGGGUGGGAAGAAGCCGUCCACGGCUGGGGAAGGACCUCACCAACUGCCUGCAUCUGGUCAAGAAAGAAAGUGAAAAAGGGGAAGGUGGGAGAAGGCACCAGUGGCGGCAGCAACUGCUUGUUCUGUAUGAGCCUUUCUCAAGGGAGUCUGGAGGCUCAUUCCCUCUCAGAGGUCGGGAAACCGGAGGCCGGUGCUGUGGCUGAGGUCAGCCCCGAGAAGAGCUGCCACAGCCCCUCCCAGGGCCCCAGCACUGCUUCCAGAGAGCCUAACAAACUCUGCUUUCCCACAUACUUGCAUGGAGAAAAAAAAAGCCUGCAAAUCAAGGAAUUUAUCUGGUGCAUGGAAGAUUGGGGCAUUCCCGAGACAGUUAGCAGCAAGACCUGCAGAAACCCCUGCGGAAGCACUGACCAGGGCCUCUCCAUCUCCGACUCCCUCAAUUCCAAGGCCCUCAUGGUUCUGCCCCCACUGAAAAACUCUCCCCCCAGCAGCUUGGAUGUGCUGAGUAAGAAGGGCAGAAAUAUUUUCUGGCAGCCGGAAGAAAAGGCGCUAAGGACGGAAAAGGAGGAGUGUGUGGCUUGUACAGAUGGACUGAAGACAGUUGAUGGGAAAAGUGAAAAGAGACACUUUGAGCUGGCCAGCCACAUGAAGGUCACCGACAUGCUGCCUUUCUCUCCCCCUGGGGCCCAGACACACCUGCUGGGGGCAGAGUCUCAAAGGUGCUGCCUGCACUGGUCCCUCCUGCCCCAGAAGAGCUCUAUGUACCCAUCCAACCCCACCAACAUCCACUAUCUUGCCACCUUGCAGGUGUUGCAAAAACAGGGAGUGCAAAACUGCAGAGCCAGGCUCAAAGCCAAGGAACCCAAACCUGCCAGGAGCACCCACAAGCACCUUCUCCCAGAGGCCAAGCAGGAAAACAGGCCUCGAGCGCUAGAGAAGAAAAUGUUCCCCAAGCCUCUCUUGCCGUCCCUCACAGUGAGCAGACUUGUCAUCCCGUCUCUGCUCACAGAGUUCUCUGAUUUGUCACAAUAUAAUUUCCUGGGAAGAAGUGCUGCCUGGAGCUCGUUUGUCUCCCCGCUUCCUCUCGCUGCUCCCGCUCCUCUUCAUGUCCACCCUUCGACAGACAGGCUGGAUGCUCGCUCCCUUCCCUCUGAACUGGGCCCAGGCUUCUGCUUAUUGUGUAAGUAUGGCUGUCAGAAAUGCUGCGGAGAUGGUAAGUCCUAGUCACCCCUAACCAACUGUGUUCUCUCUCUCUCUCUCUCUCUCUCUCUCUCUCUCUCUCUCUCUCUCUCUCUCUCUCUCUCUCUCUCCUUCUCCGUCUCCUUCUCCUUUCAAGACAGGGUUUCUCUGUGUAGCCCUGACUGUCCUAGAACUCAUUCUGUAUAUCAGUCUAGCUUCAAACUCAUGGAUCUGCCUGUCUCUGCCUCCUGAGGGUUGAGAUUAAAGGCAUGGGCCACCACUGCCAAGCUGUGUUUUUCCUUGUGAGUACCGGGAAUGAAACCUGAGUGUCCUGGAAGCCACAGCAAGUGUCCUUUCUGCUGCGUCCUCUCUCAGCCCUUCACUUUUAUUUUUCAGCAUACUAGAAAGUCCAGGAUCCAGGGCAAAUCUAAGACGAUGUGGUGGUACAUGCCUUUAACCAACCCAGCACUCCAGGGUUGGAGACAGACUGAUCUCUGUGAAUUGGAGUCCAGCCUGAUCUACAUGGCAAGUUCCAGGCCAGCCAGGGUUACAUGGUGAAUGGAACAAGAAACUUGGGGCAUAAAGAACUGUCCACAACUGGGUCUUCAUUGAGUUUAGGCAGCUGUGCUAAAAUGACAAAAUUAGGGGCCAAGAAUGUAUCUUAGAGGGUAGAAUGCUUCACUAGCAUGCACAGAGCCCUGAGUUCCAUUCCUAGCACCACAUAAACUUAGCAUGGUGGUACAUAGCUGUGAUCCCAGCCACUGUGGAGUGAAGGUAGGGGACUCAGGAGUUCAAGGUAAUCCUCAGCUAUGUAGCAACUUUGGGGCUAGCCUGGAAUAAGAGACCCUGUCUCAAAAACAAAAAAUGACAAGAAAAAAACUCAACAACAACAAGAAAAUUUAGAACAAAACACCCCCCCAAACAAAACAAAACAGGAUGAGUCUUCCAAAUGAGCCGAAGGUAGUCUACACAUUUGUCUAAACCUAGCCAUAUUUUAUUCUGAUUUAGUCUUUCUGUUGUCAAGAGUGAUACCAUUCAUCUCUAUGCAAUGCCUCUGCUGUCUGAGAUAAGAGAGAAUUCCUUUUUUUCUGUCCCUUCCCCUGCCUCACCUGACCUCAGUUUAGCCUCAACCACCCCCCCCCCCCCGCCCAGCUGC